AUGUCGGCUCCCGGGACGCUCGGCACUUACUACGUGGACUCCUUCCUGGUGCAGGAGGGGGACGAGCUGGCGGCGCCCCGCUACGCGCCCGCGCCGCUGGGGCCGCCGCCGCGGCCGGCGGCGCUCGCCGAGCACCCCGAGCUGGCCCCCUGCAGCUUCCAGCCCAAGGCGCCCGUCUUCGGCCCCCCCUGGAGCCCCGCGCACCCCGCCGGCGCCAGCGGCGUCCCCGCCGUCUACCACCCCUACGCGCACCACCAGGCGCCCGUGGCACCGCCCGACGGCAGGUACAUGCGUUCGUGGCUUGAGCCUGUGCCGGGCUCCUUGUCUUUCCCCGGGUUACCUACCAGCAGGCAUUACGGCAUUAAACCUGAACCGCUGGCGGCCAGAAGGGGUGACUGUACCACGUUUGACACUCACACUUUGUCUCUGUCUGAUUAUGCUUGUGGUUCUCCUCCAGCUGAUAGGGAUAAGCAAAGCCACGAAGGCGCAUUCUCUGAAAGCAAUGGAGAAAGUGAGGCAAACGGAGAGAAACCACAGAUUGAUCCAAAUAAUCCAGCUGCAAACUGGCUUCACGCAAGGUCCACCAGGAAAAAGCGGUGCCCUUACACCAAGCAUCAAACGCUCGAACUGGAAAAGGAGUUUCUGUUCAAUAUGUAUCUCACUAGGGACCGUAGAUACGAGGUGGCCAGACUCCUUAACUUAACUGAGAGACAAGUGAAAAUCUGGUUUCAGAACAGGAGGAUGAAAAUGAAGAAAAUCAACAAAGACCGAGCAAAGGACGAAUGA